AUGAUAGAAGACUUCAAGAAGGACAUGAAGGAGAAAUGUGAAAUGACUGAUCUGGGGCUCUUGCAUCAUUUCUUGGGAAUGGUUACCUCAGAGAAACUAAGUAAGGAUGAUGGAAGUGGAUUGGCAAGUGAAGAGCAAUACAGAAGGAUUGUUGGAAGUCUGCUGUACCUCACAGCUACUAGACCCGACAUUAUGUUUGCAGCUAGUUUGCUUGCAAGGUUCAUGCAUUGUCCCACUAGCAAACAUCUUGGAACAGCAAAACGUGUUCUUAGAUAUGUAAAAGGAACUCUAGAUUAUGGUCUAGAGUAUGUGAAAGGAAAAGAGGCAGUCCUAAUUGGCUAUUGUGACAGUGAUUGGAGUGGUUCUGUGGAUGAUAGUGAGAGCACCUCUGGAUAUGCUUUUUCUUUUGGUAGUGGAGUGUUUGCUUGGGCCUCAGUCAAGCAAAUUGUGUUGCACUCUCUACUGCUGAAGCAGAAUACAUCAGUGCCUCUGAAGCAACAACACAAGCUAUUUGGUUGA